AUGUUGAAAGGCCGGCAAAGGCCAGAAACGCCGCGCCUGCGCAUGUUUUAUGUACCUUCCAAAAACAAGCGCGGGCAAACCAUAGGGUUGCACCGUACUACUACUACUACUACUACUACUACUACUACUACUACUACUACUACUACUACUACUACUACUACUACUACUACUACUACUACCACUACUACUACUACUACUACUACUACUGCUACUACUACUACUACUACUACUACUACUACUGCUACUACUGCUACUACUACUACUGCUGCUACUACUACUACUACUACUACUACUACUACUACUACUACUACUUCUACUACCGCCGCUGCUACUACUGUUACUGUUACUGCUACUUGCUGCUGCUGCUACUUCUACAGCUACUACAACAACUACAACUACGGCAACAACAGCUGCUACUACUACUACUACUACUACUACUACUACUACUACUACUACUACUACUACUACUACUACUACUCCUGCUGCUACUACUACUACUACUACUACUACUACUACUACUACUACUACUACUACUACUACUACUACUACUACUACUACUACUACUACUACUAG